AUGAACAGACAAGCCUGCAAGAAAUCCUUCAGUGGUGGCAGCCAGGGCUUCUCCGGCCGCUCGGCUGUGGUCUCUGGUGGCAGCAGCAGGAUGAGCUGUGUGGCCCGCUCUAGGGCAGCCGGUGGAGGGGCGUGUGGGGCCCGUGGCAGCGCAGGCGGCUUUGGCAGUCACAGCCUCUACAACCUGGGUGGCACCAAGAGCAUCUCCAUGAGUGUGGCUGGGAGCUCCAGGGCCAGCGGCUUUGGGGGAGGCCGAGGCAGCUGUGGCAGUGGUUUUGGUGGGGGCUUCGGAGGAGGCUUUGGUGGUGGCAGAGGAAUGGGAGGGGGUUUUGGAGGUGCUGGUGGCUUUGGAGGUGCUGGUGGCUUUGGAGGUGCUGGUGGCUUUGGAGGAGCUGGUGGUUUUGGCGGGCCUGGUGGUUUUGGUGGGCCUGGUGGCUUUGGCCCUGGAGGCUUCCCUGGGGGAAUUCAGGAAGUGACUAUCAACCAGAGCCUCCUGCAGCCUCUGAAUGUGGAGAUCGACCCCCAGAUCGGACAAGUCAAGACACAGGAGCGAGAGCAGAUCAAGACCCUUAACAACAAGUUCGCCUCCUUCAUUGACAAGGUGCGCUUCCUGGAGCAGCAGAACAAGGUCCUGGAGACCAAGUGGGAGCUGCUGCAGCAGCAGGGGACGGGCUCCCGCACCGGCACCAACAACCUGGAGCCCCUGUUCGAGCAGUACAUCAGCUCCCAGCGCAGCUACCUGGACGGCAUCCUGGGGGAGAGGGGCCGCCUGGAGUCUGAGCUGAGGAACAUGCAGGACCUGGUGGAGGACUUCAAGAAGAAAUACGAGGAUGAAAUCAAUAGACGCACCACCGCUGAGAAUGAAUUUGUGACUCUGAAGAAGGACGUGGACGCAGCCUAUAUGAACAAAGUAGAGCUGCAGGCUAAGGUGGACACACUCACGGACGAGAUCAACUUCCUGAGGACCCUUUAUGAUCUGGAGCUGUCCCAGAUGCAGACGCAUGUCAGCGACACAUCCGUGGUCCUGUCCAUGGACAACAACCGCUGCCUGGACCUGGACAGCAUCAUCGCUGAGGUGCGCGCCCAGUACGAGGAGAUCGCCCAGAGGAGCAAGGCCGAGGCCGAAGCCCUGUACCAGACCAAGUUGGGAGAGCUGCAGUCCACGGCGGGCAGACAUGGGGAUGACCUGAAGAGCACCAAGAGUGAGAUCAUGGAGCUCAACAGGAUGAUCCAGAGGCUGCGGGCUGAGAUCGAGAAUGUCAAGAAGCAGAAUGCCAACCUGCAGGCCGCCAUCGCAGAAGCAGAGCAGCGCGGGGAGCUGGCCCUCAAGGACGCCAAGGCCAAGCUCCAAGAGCUGCAGGCCGCCCUGCAGCAGGCCAAGGAUGACCUGGCCCGGCUGCUGCGCGACUACCAGGAGCUGAUGAACGUGAAGCUGGCCCUGGACGUGGAGAUCGCCACCUACAGGAAGCUGCUGGAGGGCGAGGAGUGCAGGAUGUCCGGAGAGUGCCAGAGCUCUGUCAGCAUCUCGGUGGUCAGCAGCGGCAGCACCACCUCGGCCGGUGGUUACGGCGGCGGUUUGGGCGGCGGCUUGGGCGGCGGCUUCGGCCGCGGCGGCAGUGGCGGCGGCUUUGGCGGCAGCUGCGGCUUCGGAGGCGGCAGCAGCGGCUUUGGCGGCAGCUUCUGCGGCAGCGGCGGCAGUGGCUUCGGUGGCGGCUUCGGCUCCAGCUCGGGCUCCGGGGGCCGCUGUGGCGUCACUGGCGGAGGCUUCAGCUCCGGCAGCUACCGGGGUGGCAGCUCCAAGUUCUCUCAAAGCUCCCAGCGCGGAGGCCGAUGAAUGCCCGUGGGUCUCGC